AUGAACAGUCGAGGCGCGGAGACUGUGUCAGUACGGCAAGCAGACGGCACCGUCGAGACGCAACUGAUGUUACGACCUGAAGACCAGCCUGCUACGACACCGGUCGAUUUGGGACCCGCAAAAGAAAUACAACACACAGACGACUUUGCUAAACCCGCACAGGCAAGCCCAGUUCAAAAGGAGAAAAAGAAGCUCCAGUUCCAUAUGACCAGCAAAAUCCAGAUUAUUCCCGACAACAGGCAGGGUCAACUCAACACCGGCUUUCUCGCUACUAUUCCUGGUGUGCUCAAACUUGCCGAAAUUAUCCUCGCUUUUGUGGCCUUUGUUCUGGCCAUUUGUGCUGACAGAAGAUCUACAACAGCAGCAUGGACAGAACACAUAACCUUCGAAACUCUUAUCGUCGUGUGUGCUCUGCUUGCAGGAUAUGUAUGCUUUCCGCAUCUAACCAUUCGUGAGGAACCAACUCGAGAGGGUUUGAUCGUACUGGAACUGAUAUUUUAUGGAAUUAACACCUUGUUCUACUUCAUUUCUAUAUGGCUGAUGGUGCAUUUAUCAGCAAGCUGGGGUACCGACGGGAGAGGAGCCGCUAUAAUGACAGCGAUAAUUUGCGUCGCUUUGACAAUUAUCUUCGGUAUCGAAACAUUCCUCAAACUGAAGGCAUGGCGUGGAGAGAACGAACCGAGCAGCAAAGUGAUUACCACCGGAGCUCAACCAUCUCAAAGCUAA